AGAACGUUAUGGCACAUCAGACCCAAUGGAAUAAGAAUACAAAAUAUGCAUUGGAUUUAUAUAAACAUGCGAUUCGCACUGCAGGACUGUGGCCACUGGACGAUCGGGCGUCACUACGAGUUUUCCUUGUGGCCACUAUUCAAGUGAGAUAUAUUUCUUCGUAUAAUUUGUUUCGACCGAUAUUGUUAUAUGUCUUGUAUAUACACCAGGCUAUUUCCUUAGGUGUUUUCAGGAGGUAAUUGAAGUUGGAUCAUGUUUCCGAGGCUCUAAAUGGAGAGAUAGAUUGAAUAAUUAUAAAUCUACAAAUUAAAAAAAUGGGAGGUAAUAAUUUACGCCUUAAAACAAUCUAAGGCUUAUCGAAAAAUAGCCUCGGAUAACGCUGAUGGCCGUUUUCGUGAGGAAUAUUGUUAUUAAAGGUAAUUGUGGUGGCAUUACUGAAUUUGUCGAUGCUAUCACGCUCAUUGGAACGAGCACUAUGGCUGUGAUAAAAAUUAUUCUAUCGUGGUUGCAUCAAAAGAGGGUUUCUUCCAUAUUAAAAGCUGUCGUCCAAGACUGGGCACAUGUUGAAAAUAACAAAUCACGACAUAUUAUGCUCAGAUAUGCGUACGUUGGAAGAGUUGUCUUCAUGGUGCAAAUGUUUGGAGUUUACAUGACGAUAAUUCCCCUUAUCUUGACGAACCUCCCAAAUUUAGCUGAUUUUAAACAUCCGGAUAAUGCAAGCAUAAUUGGGAGAAGUAUACCGAUUGGGCCAGAAUGCUGGGUUGAUCCAGAAAUGUCUUCGAUACGUUAUUGUGCUUAUUAUAUAUUUGUCUGCAUACACUUAUUUCUGUUGGCAACUGUGUAUCUAGGUGUGGAUGUAUUUGCAUUUGGUCUUGCGAUGCAUCUUUGUGGACAAUUUGAAUUAUUGUCCAGGAGUUUGGACGAGCUCGAUGUUAAUAAAUCCGAGUCAACUCAGCGGAAAAUCGUGACACAGUUUUCGAAAAGGCACAGUGUACUGCUUAAAUUGGCGGAGGACUUUGAAGCUGUCUUUCAUAUGUUAAUUUUCUUCGAACUUGGGACAAAUACGUUCAUCAUUUCUAUUUCUGAAAUCAUUUUCCUUUGGGCUUUUAAAAUUGGAGACACCCAAAUUAUAGCAGCAAUGAUUACGAGAAUUUACCUUAUGUACAUCCAGAUUUUCAUGUUCAGUCAUAUCGGUGAACAUUUAACUACACGAGCGCAACAACUACAAGUAGCUAUUUACAACAGCCCUUGGUACAAAAUAUCACCAUUCAUUGCCAGAGAUAUGAAAUUCAUAAUGAUGCGUAAUAACCAGUUAUUUCAUUUGACUGCUGGAAAGAUUUGGCAUAUGAAUUAUGAAAAUUUUAAGACAAUGCUCAAGUCAAUGUUUUCGUAUUUUUCGAUUCUCAGAUUGAUGUUUAAUGAAUAGAGAUGGUUAAUAAUUGAAUGAAUUUAUAAACAAAAAAACAAUUUUCAAAGUGAGAUUUUAAAUGAGAUUGGCUGCCCUCUGCUGAAUUAAUUUCCUGAAGAAUUCGACUAGGAAAUUAUGUUAUAAUUACAUACGGUUAUACAAUUUCACAGAGAUGUAUGACAGAUAGUAAUUUGUCUGAUACCUACACAUAAGGGCAGAGCCAACCUGCCCUGAAUAUAGAGAAGGUAUCAAAUAAAGAAUUUUUUAAAAACUGAAUACAACUGUACUUCCUACCAUUUGAAUGAACUAAUUAAUGACCUUUGUUUAAAUCUAUUUGAAGCCAAUAGUUUUUUUCUAACUUAUGACGUGCAAUAUUUACACUAGCAAAUUUUUAUUUGUACUGCCACGCAAUAGCCUACACUAUUACGUCGAUUGGUCAAUUACUCAAUGUAGAUUUGGCCUUGCAUGACGAUUGUUGGAAGAAUUCAUACACAUAUCACUAUGUUUAGUCAACUCACCACGUACUUUUUGCAAUAAUCAUUUCGCAUGGGAAGAAGUCCACCUGCCUCACCUAUUAAUGAUUCGAGAAUGAUAAUUUUCAUCAUUUAGAAGUCACGCAGAGACUAAUGAAAUGCUAUUGCAUGGAUUAUUUGUUCGGUAAUUGAUGUUGUUCCUGAUAUCGGAACAAUUAGCAUUUUGAAUUAACGCGUUGCUUGAUUAUUUUUCGAGUGAGAUGUCAAUUUUUUUUUAUUGAAAAACCAUCGAGAUAACGUCUGAACAAAGAUCCAACGAGCCUGGAGUGAAAAAAAGUAAUUGGUAUCUCAUUGUAAUCCGCGAUUCGUCCAAUAUGUUGAGGGGAAAGGGGUGUAAUUGAUGACGAGACUUUUAUUUAAAAAUCAACAGACUACCAGCAAAGUUUACAGAUACUUGCGAUUCCUCUUCAAGUGAAUGACUCGGUUUUUAAUGAGCCACGAGGAACAGGUAGAAGGUUGACAUUGUAGAAAGGUAAACAUGGAAAAAACCAAUGGAUUUUGUAUUUUUUCAAGAUAUGAUUAUGAUUAAUUCUCUUUGAUCAACAGAUGCAAAACAUCGUUCUUUCAACUGUCCAGAGGUCAUCUCACCUUAUAAUUUACCACACUUACUGUCAGUGUUGAUAACAACGAUGCAUGGGUUGUUGCUGAAUAUUAUGCAAUUAAACAUGUAAAUCUGGAUAGAACCUAGUCCUUCAUGACGAACGCUACGUACGCAGUUGUAUUUUUUUCGCCUUACGAAACCCACAAAAUUCUUUUCAUUACUUUUUUUAUUUAAAAAAUUGAUGACAGUUAUUUUCUCUCUUAGCAUUCAAAAUAUACAUCAAAGCCUUGACAAUGGUAAAUAUGGAUUAAAUCCAGUUUAUCCUCUACUUCGAAAUUAUUAGAAUUUCCUUCUCCUUCCUUGUCCUUGGCUAAAUUUACCAAUAACGAUGACAAACGUUCAAAUUGAUUUCCACGUUACUUUUAUCGACGAGUAGCAAUCGACUGAUAUAAAUUUUUGGAAUAGUUUACAUGGCGAACGGUAUAAAAGAUGAAUUGAAAAAUGAAACAAUAUUUUAAGUACAAACGUUAAAUUAUUUGAAAUGUUCAAAUUUCCAAAAAAGAGAAUAUUUCAUUAUGAUGAAAUGGUUCACUGAAUUCAUCUUUGGUAUUUAACCUUCAGGUCGGUAACUCUGGAUUUCACUUGCUCCGAGGCUGCACUUCCAACCAGAAUCCACCUUUUGCCGUGAUAUUUAUAUUAUCCUUACUCAAUUCCAAAGGCAAAAUCAUAUUCUUUCCCGGUUUCAGCGUGCAUUUGCAAAUCAAGUGAUAUAUUAACACUUUGAUCUCCAAAAGAGCAAAUCGAUUACCAAUGCAUAUCCUCGGGCCAAUUCCAAAUGGCAGAUAUGUGGAUGAAUGAAGUGUGCCCUUUGGAUCCUCCAUGAAACGUUCCGGAAGAAAAUCAUUCGGAUUUGGAAAAUAAUUAGGAUCUCUGUGCAGUGCAUAAAAUGGCAAAAAGAGGACAUCACCAGGUUCCAAUCUAAGCGGUUCUUUGCCCGGUAAAGCCGGUGGUAACUCGAAACUCCUGGUGCAAACCCUAUCCAUAGCUGUUUGAACUGGGUACAGCCUCAGAGAUUCAUUAAUAACAGCAUCCAAAAACUUCAUAUUGUUGAUAGCCUCGUACGUAAUAGAUUCUCCACACUGCUCAUACACAUCAUCCACUUCGUCUUGCAAUUUCUUCUGUACGUCUGGAUGAGUAGAGAUCAGAUGAGCAAUAAAGCACAUCGCCGUUGAUGAUGAAUCAAGUCCACCGAGGAUAAAAAUAAAAACCUGACACACCAUAUCCUGAAUUGUCAGCGCUGGUCCUUUUCCUGUUUCACUAUUUCGGCUUUCCAUCAUCAGCUGAAUCAUAUCUGGCCUUUUUAUUCCUUCUCUGUCUCUCGUUUCAACAGUAUUCUUCACGAGGUCAUUGAAGAACGCCUCGACUUUGCUAUUAGUGAGUCUAAUUCCGAGAAAUUUUGCGAGUCUUGGGGUCAUUCGUAUGAGCAAGAAUUUUAAGAGGUGAAAAAAUCCCCCGAAUUUAGUCGCUUGUAAAGCUAGAACGUAGAAAUCAUUGGUCGGAUUCUUCAUACUAUCAACAGCCACACCAAAGGCACAGGUGGCGAUGACGUCAGCAGUAUAUUUGGUGAACGCAUCUUUGGAAUUGAUGCCAGAUUCCUUUUCCACGUGCUCCAUCACAUAAUUUGUAAAAUUCGCCGCACAGUCGGACAUCAUUUUUAACAUAAUUUUCAGUUUACUAGAUGAGAAAGCAGGUGUCAAAAGAUUUCUCAUUUCUCGCCAUUCCUGCCCACGAAGAGUGAAUAAAUUUUGGGAGAACAGACGGUCGAGGUCCGAGACACUAACAUAUCGGUGAUUCAUAAAGUGAUCGAAGUUUCUGAUGGCAACAGUCCUUAUAAGUUCCGGAUCACGUAUGAGGAUUACACGAUCAUUGAACUCGUAAAAACCGACGUACUUUGCUUCGCUGCUCAAAUUGUAAAUGUCCUGUAUAUAUUCUGCAAAUGAUUUUUUUCGGAGUAGAAUUGGCAGGCUAUUGCCAACAAAAGGAAGAGAUUUCUCAUGUAUUACGCCAUGUUUAUCAAAGUAACUACGACGGCUUAACCAGUAAUAGAUAGAAACAAUGAUUAGUAAAAUACUCCAAACCACGGUCCAAUUAUCCAUUUUGAUGGUGUUCCUCAGGAACUCGAUGUUGGAUAGAUAUUAACGGUGCAAAUUAUCGGAAGUAACUGCGCCACGCCGCUAUAACUGUCGGUGAGCGGACGAUGGUCUAUCGAAUUAGUACUGGAAGGCCAGGUUUUUACUUUCACUAGUGACUAUUACAAGUCCAUGAACACUAACACUAAAUUACAUUGUUAUCACAUUCGUUUAUCUUUCGUUUGUUAUCAGGAAGUGUACGAUUUUGAAAUUAAUUCUUGAUGAUUUUAUGACUCAUACUUCAGAUAAUUAAUACUUAUUAUUUUUUACAGCGAUUUUAAUAUCAGAGAUAUAAAAGUAUAUUUAUUCGAUCACUGGUAAAAAAUUAGGUUAAGAUCUGAUGACACGUGCUCAAUUUUAUCAGAGACAUCACAACAAACAAUAUCUAAUACAUCAGAACAAUGGCGUAUGACAUAAGUAAGCAAAAUCACUGCUAAUACAAAGUAAUCUGCUUGUAAUUAAAGUGCUUUGAUUUCUAAGAAUUGUGAUAACUGACGGAAAAAUGACGCCACUCUAUUAGUUCUUGGAAUCAAUGAAUUUUCCCGAAAAGAGAUCUUGUAGAUAAAUCACAUUUCUCUGUCAAUAGAUAAAUGACGCAUUUCCCAACGAAUAAUGAGGAAUUUUUAGAGGAAAUGAAUGAAAUGAGACAAUGCGGAAAUUGUGGUUUUUUUUUUAAUAAAAGUAUACAAUGAGGAAAGUUUUUUUUAAUUUCAAUGAGAGGAUUAUAAUUUCAUUUUCUUGUGUAAUUGAGACAAAACAUUAUUUUGAAUUUAUUAUUUUCUUUUUCUUGUCAGACUUAUGGAGAAAUAAAAA